CUUUUCAGAUCAAUGAGCUGAGCCACGUUCAGAUUCCUGUAAUGUUGAUGCCAGAUGACUUCAAAGCAUACAGCAAGAUUAAAGUGGACAAUCACCUUUUCAACAAAGAGAAUCUUCCAAGCCGUUUCAAGUUUAAGGAAUAUUGUCCAAUGGUUUUCAGAAACCUGAGAGAGAGAUUUUCCAUUGAUGAUCAGGAUUAUCAGCGAUCUUUGUCAAAGCUUCCAUCGCAGGAGCUCGAUAAAGUAACAGUGAACAUGGGUUUAGUCCGCCAGAACUCAGUAACACGGAGUGCUCCCUUAAACAGUGAUGCGCAGAAUCGAAUGGGAGCUCGAUUCCUCACCACAUACGAUAAAAGAUUCGUCAUUAAAACGAUAACCAGUGAAGAUGUAGCAGAGAUGCACAAUAUUUUAAAGAAAUACCAUCAGUAUAUUGUGGAAUGCCAUGGCAACACACUUCUUCCUCAAUUCCUGGGCAUGUACAGAUUAACAGUAGAUGGAGUGGAGACCUAUAUGACCGUAACGAGAAACGUCUUUAGUCACAGACUCUCUGUGCACAGGAAAUACGACCUGAAGGGCUCAACAGUAUCACGAGAAGCCAGUGGAAAGGAAAAGGUAAGAAUAUCUACAUUUAUGAAAUGCAUGAUCAUUCCCUCAGCUUUCAACAGUAUUCUUGCUUCUAUAUGCAAUGAUUUUGACUUAAAAAUAUGACUACUACAUAUUAA